ACAGGUGACAGAACAUGCAGAGGCUCCUCCCUCUUUCCACCAGGUGUUCAAUUAGCUUGCUGUCCUCCCACCUGUUAUCAUUAUAAAAAGCAAUUUGAGCACGUGUCGCCACUUGGUCCAUUUUAUUUUACCUGUGACCAUGGGUGGACUUUUGUUUCUUUUUGCAGUCUUAUUGCACUCAUUAGUGUCAUUGCAAGGUGAGCCUGGCGUGCAGAAAUAACCUCAACUUCAUCUCAAAAAUCACAACAUUAUGCCUCUUAAAAGUAAAAGUUAACGUCUUUCAACCAAAGUUUCAGCUGGAAGCAGCCCUCUGAAGUGUGCCCUGGGGAUGAAACUGUGUAAGGAUGGCUCAUCUUGUGUCCUCUUCCGCCACGUGUGUGAUGGAGAGCCUGACUGCACGGAUGGCUCUGAUGAAGAGGACUGUGCUUCAGGAUGCAAUGAAGGUACUGAGUUGGAAUCACGGAUUAAGCAUGAUAAAGUGAAAUGCUACGAACCUAACUUUGUGAGAAAUUUUUAGAUAAACCCUGUGAGGUGGAUAAGCUUUGAUUAGACAUGACAAGAACUAGCUUUAAGUUUGAGUUUCUGAAUGGCAUGAUAAAUGAAGUGAGUUUUAUACAAUAAUUGAAGAAUCAGAUGAGAGUUUGACAAUCAUUAGUGUUGUUUCUAUACUGAUACAGUGUUUCCAUAGGUGCCUUACCCUAAAGAAAAAUUCUAACAAAAACUUUUCAAUUAUUUUUUUAAUGUAUUGAAUGUCCUUAAUAACAUACUAAAAGUUUACCAAAGUUUACCACUAGAAAAGUGUCUUUUUCAAUAUUGUGUCCAUGAUGGCUUGGAAGCCCAGGGGAGACACCCCAGGUAAAUAGGGUAAAAACUUUAACAAACAGAUAUCACCAUGAAACUUCCCAAGUUUAUAGAUUAAAUUAAGACAAUUAUUUUUGUAUUUCAAGUUUUGUCAAAUGUUAUGUUGAAAUAUGUAAAUGAGGGAAUAUCUAAUUAAAUAUGCACUAACUUGCAUGUAUUUCCAGAAUACAAUUCCUUGUUAUCACUUGUCUAUCAUACAAAUAUGCUAAUUAGAAUAUUACAUGGUCUAAAGAUGUAUCAGGUGCCAGUAUUCCUGGUCUAGAAUGAAUACAAAGGAGUAAUGGUCAUUUUAAGGGUUGGUGACAGUAUUUUCUCAUUUACAGAGUGAUAAAAAGAGAUAUCCAGAGUCCCCUCCUCUCCCUCUUCUGACUCUAGUAUGUCAACAAAAUAAAACAAGAAUUUUGAAAGGGGCCUUAUGCAUUGUUCAGUUUCUGGUUCUAGAAAUGUAUGCAAAUUAGUGCAAAAUUAAUUAGAUAUUGCCUCAUUUAGAUAUUCCAACAUAACAUUUGACAAAACUUGUAAAACAAAAAAUGUUUGUCUUAAUGUAAGUUAAAAACUUGGGAAGUUUGAUGGUGAUAUCUGUUUGUUAAAAUUUUUACCCUAUUCACCUGGGCUGUCUCCCCUGGGCUUCCUACCCAUCAUGGACGCAAUCCUGAAAAUGACACCUCUCUAGUGGUCAAACUUUGCUAAACUUUUAGUAUGUUAUUAAGGACGUCUAAAAAACAGCUGAGAAAACCUUUUUUUUUUUUUUUUUUUUUUUUUUCUGAGAAUUUUUUUGGGGUCAAGUCAUAUUUGCACCUGACUAUCAGGCUAAACGAUGAGCCAAAAGUCAAAUAAGUGACAUGAAAUCUCUUUAGUGGGCUGAGUGUUAAAUAUCUUGGGUGUUUGUAUUUAGUAUUCAUUCAGGUGCCAUUGAAAAAUAAUGUUUAGAACUGAAUGUAUAUGCCAACUUACUGCCAAGUGCCUGCUUCUGUACAGACCAGUUUCAGUGUGCCCAUGGGAAGAUGUGUAUAGACCUGGACCAGGUGUGUGAUGGUACACCUCAGUGCCAGGACCGUUCUGAUGAACUGCAGUGUGCGAAACGAACCCAGGGCUGCGUUCACCACUGCGACAACGACAGCCGCUGCUUGCCUGCAAACUUCCUCUGCGAUGGAGAGAGGGAUUGUUCUGACGGCACAGAUGAGGCCAACUGUGGUAGGUGGACACUGAUGUCCAAAUAAAAAGCCUCUUAAAGGACUCAGUAGUUUGAUCUUAACUUUUUCUGGUAUCUGCAUUAAUGGGACCAGAUGUAGGUGGACAGGAUGAAGAGGAAAAAGGGACCCGUGCAACUUUGGUGCCUGCUACAUCUGCAGGCUCAUCCAUCCCUAUCAAAUGUUCGCUGGGCUCUAAACCCUGCAAGGACAACUCUGAGUGCGUCCUCUACAAGCAUGUAUGUGACGGGGAGGCAGACUGUACAGAUGGGUCAGAUGAGAAAGAAUGUGCAUCUGAGUGUGAGACAGGUAAUCUUGCAGCCACAAGAUAAAGAAUGACUUUUCUGCCCUCUAGUGGAUAGGAGACACAGUAAUACACCGUAGAUGCUCAAUUUCCCUCUUCCAAGUAUGUGAUAUGUUGUCUUUUAUACUGUUUUCAGGCUUUAAAUGAUCUUCAAACCAUUAAAUUCAGUUUUUAGCUUUUGCUCUUAUUGAGUCCAGAUACACCCCAAGUUUGCCUGAACCCCUGUCAUGCAGUUUGUGUGUUUUCUGCAGACCAGUUCCAGUGCGCUCACGGGAAGAAGUGCAUCGAGCUAAGCCAGGUGUGUGACGGAGUGCCUCAGUGUCAGGACCGCUCUGAUGAACUGGAAUGUGUCAAGCAGAUAGAGGGCUGCACUCACCAGUGCGAUAACAAGAGCCGCUGCAUUCCUGACAGCUUUCUCUGUGACGGCGAGAGGGACUGUUGGGACGGCAGUGACGAGGCAAACUGUGGUAUGUUUUUGUCAUGCUCCAGAGUUCAUAUCUGCUCGCCGUUUUAUUCAGCUCUUACUUGAACAGGAAUCCUGUUUGUCCCCCUCUUACUCCUAAAGCCGAUGAGGGCUGCAGCACCACUGAAUAUAAGUGCACGAGCGGCCAGUGUGUGUCCGCCACUAUGCGCUGCGACGGUCACCCAGACUGCUGGGACCGCUCGGAUGAGGAGGGCUGCACCAACGCGCCGAGCUGCACAACCAAACACCGCUGCCCCCAGAGCAAGGAGUGUUUGGUGCAAGAGUGGUUCUGUGAUGGAGAUGCCGACUGCAAAGAUGGCUCGGAUGAGAAGGUGAAGAAAACAUUAUGAGAAACAUGAGAGCUGUCAUUUUUGUGAAGAGGUCAAAGAUUUCAUGAGAAAAGUGAAUCAUACUACUUUUUAGUAUGGUGUACACUUUCCAGCUUAGAACUUAUUUUUCUUUUACCUCUCUGCAGCAUAAAGGUCAAAGGUCAAAGCCAUACUCAUUAGGCUUUGAGAAGUUGCAUUGCAUUACUCAAACAUCUCUGUGUUGCAUUGGUUGGUUAUUUUAUUCGAGGAGCAUCUUUUUGAUGGUGGUUCAGAGAGAGUUCUGUCUGCUUUGAUGAAAGCCAAACAGUCAUUUGCCACCUCCUUUAGGACUGUCCUGUGGUGUCCCUGAACUGUGGAAAGUUCCAGUGGUCUUGUAAAUCCAAAACCAAAUGCAUCCCUACAGCCUGGAGAUGUGACGGCACAAAGGACUGCGACGACGGCAGUGAUGAGGCCGACUGUGAGUAGUCAAACAUUAUCAUUUAGAGCAGUGGUUCUCAACUGGUCUCACUCUGGGACCCGUAUUUUCCCAUGGUCCUUCAGUCGUGACCCACUCUUAUAAAACUCAAACCAAGCAAAAGUCUUUUUUUAAAAUGAAAAUAACCUUUUUUUAAGGACCUAAAUCUUUUAACAUAAAUAAACCCAUUUCAUUGAGUAAAGCGCAUUUCAGUGCACAUGAAAUUAGGAUAACUACUUAAGUUGCAUAAACAGAAAAUAUCAAACAUCAAAUAAAUAUCACAUUGCACAAAAUAGAGACCAGCAAAAUGAAAAAUUUGACUUUAGUGCAUCUAUGCAUUCAUGCAACAGCAUGGACAAAAGUGAAUAAUAAAGACCUAAAAAAAAUGUAUUUUUGCUGCAUUCUGGCCACAUUAAUAAGAAACUGAGGAGGACCCCGACAUAAUGGAUAAAGUGAGUAAAAUAAAUAUGAAAACAAUGAAAGAUCUAGUAACUGCAGCUGUUCGUGACCCAUCCAGAACAUGUCCGCGACCCACUUUUGGGUUGGGACCCACCAGUUGAGAACCACUGAUUUGGAGAAGGAAAGAGAGCAGACACCUUUAGCUUACAGUUGUUGUACCAUGAAAACGGGGUAAAAAAAGUGUGUGAAAAUAGUCCUUAUUACAGAAUCUGGCUCAAUGCCUUUUAAGUCAACAUUGAGAUAUUAAUUUUAAGUUUGCAUACCAGGUGGAGCUGCAACCUGCCCCCAUCACAAGUUCCAGUGUGGCAGCCAGGAGUGCCUGGAUCCAGCCCUGGUGUGUAAUGGCAUUACCAACUGUGCAGACGGCUCUGAUGAGGGAGGCAGCUGUCAGACAAACUGUGCAGAUGUAGACAUCCGCUGCUCCCAGAGCUGCUACAGCACACCACAGGGACCGGUAAGACCCCUCCAACUCUCCGAAUCUUAAAUUUUUCUUCUUCAAUAUGGCCGUAUCCUCCAUAAAACUGUCAGUGCGCUCAUUUUUGUCUGAUCUGAUUUAACAUUUUUACAUCUCAUGCUGACAAACGCUCGGCUCUCGCUGCUCAGCGUUGUCACUGUACUGAAGGAUUCGGGCUCAUGGAGGACGGGCAGACCUGCGCUGACGUUGAUGAGUGUGAAGGCUGGAGCCCUGCUGUGUGCAGUCAGCUGUGCAUCAACACUCCAGGCUCGUAUCAGUGCAGCUGUCAUCCAGGCUACAUCAUGGAGGCGGGGGGACGGCACUGCAAGAUCACCGGUAAAGUUGGUUUGAUGUUGGUGCAUAUCUAGAAUUGAUCCGUUUUGCAUUAUGGCUCAAAAGUUUCGGUUUGAAAGUUGCAGUGAAUCAUCAAACUGUCUUGAUUCUAAUUGAGCUUUGUGUCUCUUUUCCUUCAGGUGAACCUUUCCUGCUGACGUCUGUCCAAACAGACCUGCUCCUGUUCGGUCUGCGUAGCGGCAGCUUAGAUGUUCUGUCGUCCUCUGCGAAGAAGGCGAUCCUCUCCCUCGACUACGACUGGAGGGAGCAGAGAGUCUUCUGGGUCGGUCUGGACUCUGAGAGCAUUAGGUGGUCCUCACUGGACCAGAAGACCACAGGAACACUUAUUAAAGGUGUGUGAAGUAUAAAUGCUCUGAAAGGUAAACGCCAUUUGACUUCCACCAUAUGAAUACAGCACAAUAGACAAGAUGUGGUUUUGUCCUGACAGGGGUUCGAGCUGACUCUGUAGCUGUAGACUGGCUCGGGAGGAAUCUGUACUGGAUCGAUGGCGUGAACAGUCAGAUUGUUGCUGUCAAACUGGCCAGAACUACUGUGAGCUCACCGGACUACAGCAUCAUCCUGGAUGAAGACCUGGAGCAGCCUCGCUCUCUGGCACUGCUGCCACAAAAAGGGUCAGUGUGACUUUUUUUAAACCACCAAACUAUCAAGACUUGAAUGAAAACCCCAGGACCAAUUCUGCACAGCUGUUGAAUCUCCUUCUAGGCUGAUGUUCUGGACAGAAAUUGGAAAUGUGGUGAAGAUCGAGCGAGCAGGGAUGGACGGGUCGGAGAGGAGGGCGGUGGUGAACUCCAGUCUGGGCUGGCCAGGUGGGGUGGCUGUGGACACGAUCUCUGACAGAGUCUACUGGACAGAUGAAAGGCUGAGGUUGAUCGGGUCUGCUACACUGGAUGGAGACGAUAUUCAGGUAAGAAAUUUCAGGAGGGGGCGUCUAAAUUUAACUGUUUUAAAACCUACUGCCUCAGAUUUUGGAUGAUACUCACUCCAGCUCGACAGAAGCUCACCCUGCAAACUUUACAACAAGUGGUGCUUCAUGGUGGUUUCUAAAAUGACCCGAGUGAAAACGGGUGGGUUUGCUGGUGCCUUACACGAUCAUUGUGCUUUGUUUAGAUCCUGCAGAUGAAAGAGACCACCAACCCUUUCUCCCUGGCAGUGUUCAACGACAUGCUCUACUGGACAGACGCCAAGAAGCGAGUAGUGCAGGCCGCUCACAAAACCUCCGGCAAAAAACACCAAGUUCUCCUGAAGAGACCGAGACAACCUUUUGGUGUGAAGGUGAAAUGAGGACGGUUUGAGCACGGGGGCUUUUAUUACAUCAUAGGUGCUAAAUUUGGUUCACUCCACUCAGGUUAAGUGGUCACAGCACAGAGUAAAGGCCCACGCUCAGCUAUGACAUUGAACAUUUGAAGCUUUCCACUUUAAAAAGUUGUAAAUGCAUUUUGGGAAAUGUGAAAAUUCCGGAGCUGCUUUUUGGGAAAUAUGUGCAGGACUGGAAUUUAAAGUAUUUCAGAUACUACCUUUUUUAAAUGAGCCCCUUUUUUUCACAGAAGCAUAAAUAUUUUAUCUGUUUGUGUUGUCUUUUGCAGUGUGUAUGGUGUAACUCAAGUAUAAUUUGAAAACCAUCUUUUUGUUAAAGUUUUAAGCAGUGUACUUGAUUAUAUGUUUUACAUCUUCUGUUGUGACUAUGCAUGAACAUGAUGUGGUUAAAGUCUCCUGUAUGGUCUGCAGGUUGUCCACCCUUUGCUUCAAAUGAACGCAGAGAGCCCCUGUGAGAAAACUCACUGUUCCCACAUGUGUGUGCUGGCCCCGGGACCCAAGGCCGUGUGCAAGUGUCCCUCUGGUCUGGUUCUGGCUAAGAAUGGUUUGAACUGCUCCAAGCUGCUGGACUCAUCAUUCCUGCUGCUGCUGUCUCCCUCCACUGUCACCCAGGUUUUGUGAGAAUCUAAACUUUACAGUUUUUUUUUUUUUAACUUUAACUUUUUAAAUUUAAAGAAAUGCCAGAUUUCUUUCUUUCUUUUUUUCUUCUAAAAUUAGACGUAUUUUCACUCACAUUCAUGGAUUUAUAGUUGUUGCAGCCAGCAUACUCCGAGACGGACACUGCUUACCAUGAUAUGAUCUGUUUGAGUUAGUUUUUCAGUUUAUGUCUGACCCUGGUUCCCUCAUGUUCUCAGUGUUUUAUUCUUUAUACCAGUUUUCAGUGUUUCCUGUUUUAUUUUGUAGUAGUUUAUUCUGUAUUUCUAGGCUUGCUUUACUUCCUCACUUUUCCUCCUUAGUAGUUGUUUGCACCGGUGUCUCUGUCUCACAUACCUCUCGUUUCCGUGUGUGUGUGUGUGUGUAUAUAGUCCUUGUCUUCCCCUGUUUCUUUGUCCGUUCAUUGUAUGUCUAUGCCUCUGCGUAUUUUCCUGUGUGUCUCCGGUCUCUUCUCAUGGUUUUUUUUUUGCCCCUGUGCAUUUUCUUGUUUUUUUGGAUUUUUGAGUCUGACAUUUACCAGGAAGUUUUUGUUGCUUUUCUUUUAGUCCCUUUUUUUUUUAAAUAAAUCAGAUUUUGUUUUGUAUUUUGGGUCUUUCCCUUUUUUGUUUAACCCUGGAAAUGGGACACUGCUGGCCUGAAAAGAACCUUGAAUGUACAGAAAACACAAAUGCAUGAUCACCUGAGUUUAUAUAAUUGAAUUUAAUGCUUAUUGCACCACUAUGUGAACACACACCUCAUUACAUGUACCCCGUUGUUCUUUCUAGAUCUAUUUGCAGACCCGACACACAGCAGCAGAGCUGAAGGGCUGGCCUGAACAUGUCGCCCUGCAGGUUCCCACCAUCAACGAGGCCGCCAUCAUGGACUACAGCCUGCGUGACCACACCCUGUUCUUGACGGAUGACGGUACGACCUCCCUGAGCUCCUUCAAGCUGAAGGAAACCGACUUGUCCCCUAAGGGUCAGCUCCUGCAACUCAUGGACGACACCAUCACCGCCAUGGCGCUGGACUGGGUUACACUCAACGUCUACUGGAGCAGCAACAAACAGCCGCGCUUGCAGGUCACCUCCACCACAGCGGCACACACUGCCGUUCUCAUAAAGGAAGGUAUCGGCAGAAUAGAGGCUGUCGCCCUCCACCCACCCAGUGGAAAAGUGUGCUUCAUUAACCUGAGUCUGCAGGAAGGAGGUACUCUGGCUACUGUUGAGUGCGCCAACAUGGACGGUGCUGAGCGCGCCGUGAGGAAGGAGGCAGUCCAGUCCACGUCUCUGGCCUUCUCCAGUGAUGGAGACGUAGUUUAUUGGGCUGACACAGGCAAGAGUUCACAAAUUUGAAGCAAAGUUUCAAAAAGGAAUUAAGCAGAAGUUCGUUUAGGAAAAAGUAACACAGCUCUGAUUUUGUUUUACAGCUUCAGGGACCAUCUGUUCAGUCAAACUUGAUGGAUCUGGAUACAAAGAGUUCAAGACUGGGGCAGGUCUGGUUGCUAUGGCCCUGAGUGAUGAAACUUUGCUCUGGAUGACAGUCAGCGGUAAAGUCUUAUCAUAUACAAAAGGAAAUUGAUUGCCGAAUUAUGUCCACUAAGUCCAUAAGAUGGAAAAAAAACUUGCGUACCAUAUUGUUGUCUCUGGAUUUUCCCUUUUUUUAAACCUCAGACUUUCUGGAACCAUGUUUCAUGUCAAAGUCUGUCUGUCAGCCACCCCUGUCAGACGACUUUUAUAUAUUGCCUGUUGCAGACACGGUACAGCUUCCUUCGCUAAUGUAGCAACAUGACUUUGUGUUUUCCGUUCCAGAUAAGACCAGAAUCUGGUACCAAGAUGAGCAGCAACAAAACAAACUGUGGUUUGAGGUCGGCACAGAGGUGGUCGGUUUAAAGGCGUUCAGCGAGUCGAGUCAGACUGGUAUGUGCGAGACCCACACACCACAACAGACUUGACAUUUUUAAAGGUUCUCCGGAUGUCGACACACUGAGGUGUUUGUCAGGUCUUGUACAAAACAUUGAUGUCUUACAAUCUGCUCACCUGCUUCCGCAGGAUCAAACCAAUGCACAAAAAACAACGGCAACUGCCAGCAUUUAUGUCUCGCCACCCCAAAUGGUCGGACGUGCAAGUGUGCCCACGACCACGUCCUUGUAAAUGACACUCACUGCAUCCCAGAGCAGCGCUGCCCGGCUGGCAGCAAGUCCUGUCUGGAUCAACUCUCAUGCCAGCCGGUGGAGAAGUUCUGCAACGGGCAUGUUGACUGCAGUGACCACUCGGACGAGACCUGUGAGUCCUAAGAAUCGAAUAAAAAUCAAAUUUAUUAUUGUUACCAAAAAACUUAAGCUUUAAGCUGCAAUCGUGAACUUUAUUUCAGGUGUUAGUGUAAAGCAGGGACCAGAAACCAAAGUCCUGGCUCCCACUUCGCUCCACAACUCCUCCUCUCCUCCCUUGCCUCCUCCUAACCUGUCUAAAGACCGAGGUGUGGGCACCACCCUGAAUACAAGCGUUGGGAACCUUGGCGCCCAGCAGUGCAGCCAGGUACGCUGCAGUGGAAACGGCCGCUGCGUGGAGAACGAAGGAAACACCGCUUGUGCGUGUUCGCUGGGCUACAGCGGCGAUUCCUGCCAAGACCACUUCCUGAAGAGCAUGCAGGGGCCGGUUGUGUACGGGGCUGCGGGGCUCUGUGCAGGACUGGUGGUCAUUAUUGUGAUGGCGGUGGUGGUCAAAAGGAGGAAGAGUGCCAACACAAGGUUUGUAGGAUAACAUAUCGAAUCAUUAACGGCUCAUGUUUUAAAAUGACAUUCUGAAUGUUGCCUUUUGAAGUUUUUACUGAUGGUCAAAGUUUCUUUUGCAUGGUGCGGUUUUAACCUGCACUGGACUCAAAAACACUCAAUCACAGCCCCCCCAUGUCCCGUCUGUAAUCAUGCAUGUCUGAAUCAAACAACACGGUGAUGCUUACGGUACAUGAUGCAGCACAUGCUGAAAAACAGAUUUCAGUCAUAUGGGGACAGUCCAGUGAGAGUCAGGACUACUAAAGUGAGUCUGGGACAGUAACGUUUGGGUGUGUUCGUAGCAUGCUGACAGACAUUACCUGUCCAAAAACAUACCUGUUUAAUGGAACGGCUCAAAAGCUACAAAAUAAGAAACUAUAAUGCGCUGUGUUUCAGGAAGGUUGUUGGAAACGCGUAUGUAUGUUUGCACAGACAGUUAAAUGUAUCUGCAGCAUUGAUCAAACACAGAGGAUGUCUGUGAUUUAUGUUUCCUUUCAGCAGGAGAGCCAGCCCAACUGCAGUGAAGGACACGAGUCUGACUGAUCUGGAGAAGAAAGCCGAGUCCACCCCCACGACACAAACUGCAGCAUCAGACAGAGAAAAAACAGAGGUGGACCCCCCCCUAAAAAACCUUAAUAUACAGGUUCCCAGUUUAUCUCGAUGUGCUUGUGGGGACGACAGUCUGACAUUUCUUUCUUUCUUUUGUAGGAAGCGGUGUCCUCUGUGGACUGAGGCUGCUCCGUGGGCAAGACGUGUUUUAAAUAAACGUUUUGCAUUUUCCACUGUUUCCUGUGAUGUUAUUUUAGUAUUGUUUGCUGGCGGCUGAAACACCCAUGAUGAAUUAGUGGCAACAAAACGGACAGCCUCCUCUGUUACGGAACUGACAAACACUUAUCAAAAAGGCAUUAUCACACUGGAAGGUGGCGGGUAAUGUCAGGUCGAUCAUCUUGAAGUACUAAAAGGAAAUGAGUUUAGGAAAGCUUGAGAGAAGUCUGCCUGUGUGAUCUGCCAGGAGAGACUAAGUGCAGACAAAGACAAAAUGUGUGUGUGUGUGAGAUCUGAG